AUGUGGCACAAGGCAUUUUGGAGUGCCCUGGAGUACACCUGCCGAUUGCUGGGCAUCUCCACCGCAGCAGUGCUGAUCGGUGUGGGAGUAGAAACUCUGCAGCAAGGACAGUUCAAAAGCCUGGCUUUCUAUCUGCUUUUUUCAGGGGUUGCAGUUACUGUCUGUGAAGGCUUCUUCUUUAUCAGUUUGUUCCUGGAGAUGUGCUUCACAUACGAGCCUGACUCCCUGGCACAGGCCUGCUGGAAGCAAGCUAGAUGCCCAGGGAGCUUCCAGAAAUUCCUGGGGUACAUGCUGCUCUCAGUGGCUUGCUUCCUGCACCCUGUCCUCGUCUGGCACGUCACCAUCCCUGGGUCCAUGCUGGUGCUCACUGCCCUGGCGUACUUCAAAGAGAUACAUCCCCAGGCGGCCCAGUAUGAGGACCCUUCAGCCACCGUGGCAGCCCCAACCAUCACUGGUGACACCGAGCAGACCUACACCUUUCACGGGGCCCAGAGGGAGCAGCCCCGCUCACUGCUGGGCCACAUGAAGAGUAUCCUGAAGGGCAGCAAGGACAGGAGCCCGGCCCCCGUAGGUCCUGCUCAACCAGCAGCCCUGCCAGCCCCACGCAAGCAAGUGCACUUCCAGGAGAAGGUGGUGCAGAUCAUCCCCUCUGUCAGUGAGAGCUUGGAGGAUGUGGAGAGCGAGGCUGAAGAGACCACGUCGGACACAACACCCAUCCUGACCCCCCCCGAUGCCCCUGUCAUCCUCACUCCCCUCAGCUCCACAGGCCUCUUUUGA